AUGGCUGAUGACACUGACUCAGUCAUGCAGUCAGUAACGCUCGUCUACAACAUAACAUCAGUAGUAAACACUGACGCUUCGCUGCCGUACAACCAUCAUGAUUGGGAAAACUAUCACAAUAGAAAUAUAUACCUAAUGGGUCAAAAGCAAGCGAAGCUUCGACAAGAUGUCGUGGAUGAGCUCGUCAACCAGACUGCUUUCACAGAAACAGAGAUACAAGACUGGUACAAAGGAUUCCUCAAGGACUGUCCAACAGGACACUUGACGAUUGAUGAAUUCAGACAAAUAUACAUCAAGUUCUUUCCUUACGGAGAGGCUUCUCGUUUUGCUGAAUAUGUUUUUCGCACAUUUGAUCGAAAUCGUGACGGGGUGAUCGAUUUUCGUGAGUUUCUCUCCACUGUCAGCGUAACUACUCGAGGAGAUUUGAAUCAGAAAUUGCGAUGGGCAUUCAAUAUGUAUGACCUUGACGGAGACGGCUACAUUUCACGCCAGGAUUUAUGUGAUGUCAUAGCUUCCAUCUACACACUGAUAGGCUCGACAAUAAAACUACCAGAAGAUGAGGCAACGCCCGAGAGAAGGGCGAAUAAGAUAUUUGAACAAAUGGACAGUGAUCAUGAUAACCGGUUGUCGUUCGAGGAAUUCUGCGAAGGAGUGAGGUCCGAUAGGAAUCUUCUCCAAAUACUCAAAACCAAUGCGCAGAAACCUCCACAGCCGGAUUCGAAUGCAACCGCCGUCGAGCUGGUACCGAAUAGUUCAUCGGUUCAUUCAAUCUUACCGAAGACGUCUCCGAGCAAAGAUGUUGGAGAACAGCAAGAUAAUGAUGUUGGAAAUCCUGCUACCAAGCAUACUCAUUCCAGUACAAGCGAAUUCAUACCUUCCUGACAAUCGGCCUGUUCGCGCGCCAGUACUUUCCCAUCCCAAACGGAUUUCAAACUUUCUCAGUCGUUCUUCUGCGAAUCUUGCAUUCCCUGAUAAAUUAUGUUUGAUUGCUCAUUUUUGUAAUCUCGCAGCAGCUUCCCCCACCUAGUCAUGAUUCCAACUAACUGGGCCUUGUCCGGGUUUUACAUUGGCGGCCCUGUACCCUAAUUUGUCCGGUGUAUUAGGACCUAAACAAUUCCUUCAUAAGGUUUUCAGGUAUUAUACUCCCCCAGCAUUGAUGCAGUUUCUAGGAUCUGGGCAUUUUUCUCAUUCAAAUAUUUGAUUUUUCCGGUGGUUUGUCGGUCUAAUGUUUUCGUUUCCUCGAAUCAAUAUUUUGUCACUGGACCGCUUGGUUCUACUUGUACAGUUUUCAAGGUAGGUUCGGG